GUAUACGAGUGUGUGUGGGUGCCUACCAGGAAGAACGAGCCACGGGAGAGCAAAGCCAAGGAGUCAAAGGAGGAGGAGGAGGACCAUUCAGGAGAGAAGCGGGUGUUGGUGCGGCUGUAUGGCCCAGCGACAACAAUGCUGUUUCAGAGGGAACACGAGGAGGCAGUCACCCGAGCCAUGUCCGACCUAGGCUUGGGACCGAAGCUGUUGGCCUCGUUCGGCACUGGCAGGGUGGAGGAGUUUCUGCAAGCCAAGCCACUGACAGCAGGGGAGAUGAGGCAAGCAGAGACAUUACGGCAGAGCGCACGGUGCAUGCGGCACUUCCAUGCGCUCCUCCUCCCAGGCACUGCACCUGGGAAAGUCGCCUCGUGCCUCUGGUCCCGCCUGCGGCGCUGGCUAUCCCUGGCGCAGCUGCUGCACCCCUGGGGCGUGCACGGGGCAAACCCACGACAGCUGGGGGAGAAGAUUCACAGGCUGGAGGCAGCGGCGCACAGGCGGUGGGGGGAGGGGUGCGGGGAGGAAGAGGGGAAGGCGGAGGCGGAGGGGGGGAGUGAAGGGGGGGAGAGUGGGCGGUGGGUGGGGCUGUGUCACAUGGAUGUGCAACACGGGAACAUACUGCAGGAGAGAGGCACGGGGAGGAUCAUCCUCAUUGACUACGAGUACAGUGGCUAUGCACACGUGGCGUGUGACAUUGCCAACCACUUCUGUGAGAUGGCAGCUGACUACGACCGCCCGCACCCACACCUCCUCGACUACUCCAAGUACCCCUCUGAGGAUGAGCAACGGUGGUUUAUUAACUGCUACCUUGCUGCCAAUCCUACCUCUCCUGCUGAUGCAUGUUUAAGCGCUAGUGAAACCAGCACCACUAGAAGGGGUGUCCCCUUUACAAGCAGCCUCGAUGAAAGUGUUGCUGAGGAGCUGAUGCAAGCAGUGGAUGUGUUUCUUCCUGUGUGCCAUCUACAUUGGUUCCUGUGGGGCAUUAUUUCGCCCGACAUGGCUUCCGUCAGCUAUGUUGCUGCUCGUGGGAUUUCCACCCUUCCCCGCGCGGAAGGUGUGGAGGCCUUCAAGGCCAAGGAGCAGGUUCACCUCAAGGAAAGCUCGUUGCUUGGGGAGAAGCUUAAUGCCGCUCAUCGUCAGGCCGUUCCUGUCGCCAGGACAAUCGCUCCCGUCUCAGCUUCCCUGUCGUCUGGCCCUCCCAGGACUCACAAGCUCCGAGCUAGCAGCGCUGCCGCUCUCGAGCAAUUGAGGGUCUCCAAUACAAACAGGUACACGAGCGAGAAGAGCAGCAUCAUUGUCGUCGGUCUAAGCGUUCACACCGCUCCCGUUUCGAUGCGUGAGAAGCUCGCCGUUCCUGAAGCCGAGUGGCCACGUGCCAUUACAGAGCUCUGCGAGUACCCCCACAUUGAGGAAGCUGGUGUUCUGAGCACAUGCAACCGCAUGGAAAUCUACGUCGUGGCGCUCUCCUGGCACAGGGGCAUUCGCGAGAUCCUCGCUCAGGUGAAGCAGGUCUUCAAGGUUGGCCAGGGAGCCGAGGGCUUUGGACGCAAUCUCAACGGUCUCUUCAAGCAGGCGAUCGAGGCCGGCAAGCGUGUGCGUACUGAGACCAGCAUCGCCUCGGGUGCCGUGUCCGUCAGCUCUGCUGCCGUUGAGCUCGCCGCGAUGAAGCUUCCCGAAGCUGGCCUGAAGGAAGCUCGCGUCAUGAUCGUCGGCGCUGGGAAGAUGUCACGUCUCCUUGUGAAGCAUCUGCUCUCUAAGGGUUGCAACACCAUGACCGUUGUGAACAGGUCCCUAGGCAGUGUAGAGACGCUGCAGUCUGAAUUUCCGGACGCCACGCUUCUCUACAGGCCUCUUCCUGAGAUGAUGCAAGCAGCGGCUGAGGCUGAGGUUGUCUUUACCAGCACAGCUUCGGAGACUCUUCUCUUCGAGGAGUCCAACGUUCAGGGCCUCGGCCCUGCUGGCGAUCUGACCAACGGCGUCAGGCACUUCAUCGAUAUCUCCGUCCCUCGCAAUGUUGGUUCCUGCGUGGCCAACGUUCAGCAGACCAGGGUGUACAACGUCGAUGACCUGAAGGAGGUGGUUGCUGCCAACAAGGAGGAGCGGAGAAAGAAGGCCCUUGAGGCUCAGGCUAUCAUUGAGGAGGAGCUUCAGGCCUUCGACGCGUGGAGGGAUUCCCUGGAGACGGUUCCGACCAUUAAGAAGCUCCGGCAGAAGAUUGAGGGCAUUCGACAGGCUGAGCUGGACAGAAUCCUGGCGAAGAUGGGCGAGGAGCCGACUAAGAAGCAGAAGAAGCUGAUUGAGGAGCUGAGCAAGGGUAUUGUGAACAAGAUUCUCCACGGACCCAUGACCCACCUCAGGAGUGAUGGCAGUGACGCGAGGACAGUGAGUGAGACGUUGGAGAACAUGAAUGCCUUGGAGCGGAUGUUCGACCUGGCUGCUGAGGAAGCCAGCGGCCGGCGAUGA